CCCGAUAUCAUAAGGUCUACAAUUACAUUUCACCAUAACUGGUCUCUCUGCAAUUACAUGCCCCACCACAGAACCUCUCCAAAAUGCGACGACGCCACUCACAUGGCAGACAGAAAUAGAAUAGUUGUCUGUUUGGAUGGCCGCCCAGCUGAAACUAUGCUCAGCCCCCUUGACUGGCAAUGGAGCUGUGCACUUUUUCUUCCCCAAGAAAAACCUUAAGGUCAUGGUAGAAUUUGAGCAGUUACGCCAGUGAGCUCCAGUGUGCUGGUUGGGCUCAGAAGAGAAAGGAGGAGAGGAGCCGGCAGAAGGAGAAAGACAGACUCGUGUGGCACGACCAUGAAAACCCCUUGGAAGACUUUAAGGUUCUGACCUUGGGCGCGGUCUAGGUUCUGAGAAAAAGUAAUAUGGACACAGACAGAAUGGCUACUUCACAAAGUUCCAGACACAGUAGCUCUCUUUCAUCAUCUCCUAUGAGCAGCAGUAGAAUGCGUGGGGGGGCAUCACUGCAGGUGGACUCGGUGCAGCGCUGGAUGGAGGACCUGCGUCACAUGACCGAGGUGGAGUGCAUGUGUGUGCUGCAGGCCAAGCCCAUCGGUGUGGAGGAGGAUCCCCAAGGCGAGCUUAUUGUGGCGUCCGGGCUGGGCGACCACGUGGCACGGGACAACUUGCAGACGCUGCUGCGGCGAGCCCUGGUGGUCAGCACAGAACUGGGCAAGAUGUUCCAGAGGCUGGAGAAGAGCCGCUGGCAGAGGGUACACAGCACAGCCGUGCGCACUAACUGCCACGUGCGCUCGCUGGUGCACGAGUACAGCACUGCACGCAACACGCCACCAGAGCUGCAGAAGUAUGAGAAAUCUCUAUUGGAGAAGUGCAUAGAGCUGACUACCAUAACAGAGAGAUGUUUGCAUACCGAAGACAAAUUCUUCCUGAAGUCCAUGAGGGAGGCCAUUCACGAGAUCCUUACCGAUGUCAGUGAUUCGUUCAGUCAUAUGAUUGACCUGGCCCUAGCCAAUGAGAUCCAGAUCCUAAUCAGGCAGAUUGAGUCGUCAGACAAUGUGUACACCAUCGGCAGUGCCAUCAGCAACCUGCUCUCUCUCACCCAGGAUGGGCCACAGCUUUGCAGCAUCAUUGCCAAGGAGGGCGCUGUGGUGGCCUUGUUUAAGAUCUGCAGGCAGGACUGCUUCAGUGACCUCUACGCACAUGCAUUAAGGACCGUGGCCUCUGUGUGCUGCGUGGAAGAGGGGAUCAACCAGCUGGAGAAGGUUGAUGGGAUUCUGUGCUUGGCAGAUAUCCUGACAGAUGAGAACAGCACAGAAGCGGCAAGGGCAGAGGCAGCAGCGGUGGUAGCCCAGAUAACCUCCCCUCAUCACACCUCCACCCAACAACUGGCCAGUUUCCUGGAGAGCAUGCAGGAUAUUGUCACUGCCCUCAUCAAGUUGUGUGAGAGCGCCUCGUGUGGCGAAGUCUUCCUACUCGCAUCUGCUGCUCUUGCCAACAUUACGUUCUUCGACAGCAUGGCCUGUGAGACUCUCCUCCAGCUCAAUGCCAUCCACAUCCUCCUCCAGGCUUGCAAAGACCGCCAGAGAGUAGAUACACCUUAUUCCAAGGACCAGGUGGUGACCAUCCUGGCCAACCUCUCGGUCAUAGAGCAAUCUGCAUCUGAAGUCCUUCAAGAGAAAGGGAUUGAUAGACUUCUUCUGCUCUUGAUUGAGAAGCCGUCCUCCACCAGUCCAUCGGAGGGUGCUGCAUGCGAGCGGGUGCAGCAGAAAGCUGCUGUCACUCUAGCACGUCUGAGCAGAGAUCCAAGGGUGGCUCAAAUGGCCAUCCAGCUGCAAGCCGUUCCUUGUCUUAUUGAGCUUUGCAGAUCACCAUCAGAAAGGAACAACAGUGACUCAGUACUGGUCGCCUGUUUGGCUGCCCUGAGGAGGCUGGCGGCAGGCUGUCCAGAGAGCAUUGAGGCUAUAGACCAUCAGCAGCUCAUCAAACCUCGUCUGGUGGAUUCUUUCCUGCUGUGUUCCAACAUGGAGGAGAGCUUUGUAUGAGAGGGAGGUCCAGACAAAAACUCUCAAAAUAAAGAAAUGCUUCAUGCCUCUGAAGGAUAACCAAUGGUGGGUCACAGGAGCCAAUAUUUUUGCCACUCUGAGAACUCAGCUAGAGACUCGAAAAUAUUUCUAGAGGUAAUGGAAGAUUUUGGGAGCUACAGUGAACACUUUGAGUUUGUAGAUGAGAAAUGACUGUGAAAUGUUGUCCUUAUCCCAUCCAUGACACAAUAUUAGAUUCUAUAAAACAAAUCUCCUCUCCUCUAGAAAGGUUCUACCUACAAUAAUAAAGGGUGCUUUUGUUGAGCCUGCGGUAGAAGCUGAAGACCUUCAGAACCCAACAGGUUUAUGCACAACAAACAUGCAUAUGAAGCUGCAAUGUUUUUUUAGUUUUUUUUUACUAUUUACUAUUUUAUAAUUGUACUGGUCAGAAUCUGUCAAUUUUCAUUGUUCAGUGUCAGCUGCCAACUUCAUGGGUUGCUCAAAACGCAGACACACGUUCAGAAUCGUGCAGUUCAGAAUAAGGCAUUUUAGAGGAUGGUCAAAGUAAGAGCAGACCUCCUAUGAAAAGGUUAUAUGGGACGUUAAUGAUCUGGUUUGUGUAUUGAAUUGUAAAAUUGUGCGUUUCAAUCUAUUAAGAAGUGACAUGUCUCAAAACCCGUUACUAUCCUUUUAUUUAAAUAUCCUGAAUCUAAAUAAUGUUAUGCUAUUGUAUGGCAUGCAGAUAAUAAAAAAAAGCAUAUCUUAUGAUUUACACUUGUUUUAAUCAAUGUCAUCAUUUAAAGAUCAAUUCCAUGUUAACUUGAACAUUUCAAGAAAACACUGCAGAACACUUUUCAGAACAAGGCUUCUGAUUGAUUUUUCUUUAUUUUCUCUAUUGAAAAAAUUGUUUUUAGCUUUCAGUUUCCUGACGGAGCCUUAAAUUGGUGAAAGCCGUUUUGCCAGGCAGAGUGAAAAGGCUUAUAUGGUUAAUUAAUCCUGGAUCUAAAAAACAUUCUAAACCUUUUUUGUACUUUUUUUAUCAGAGUGAUCUCAUGGAGAGAUAGGUGAAAAGCCAUUACGGUUUUAUUCAGAACCUUUUGUUUCUGUCUGUGUGGAUGAAUCAAAGAUGUUGGUAGCAGAGACCUGUUCAAUAAUCAAUGAUGCCAUACAGUCGAGCAUGUCCCUUCUUAAAAUCGAAUGAAUUCCUAGUCAGUCAUUUCUCUCUCCCCUCUUUCCAUCUCUCUCUCUAUCAAUGUACAUCUCCAGGGAAUAAUGUAGUUUUGUAUUGAAGAACAAGGCUUUUGUCCCACAAAGAAUGAUUGAGAGAGAUGGAAAAAAUACAGAGGAGGGUCCAAAGGUCCUCUAGUGACUUUGAACUACCAGGUCAAAGAAUCCUGAGGACCAAAGGGACCGUGGCUAGUUGUCCUCCAGCUUUCAACAGAAGGACCCAGUACUGUAUUGGUCAUGUGGGAGGCAACACACAGCACUAUCCCUUUGUAUUGUCAUCUGCCUGAUGAAAGUUUCUUCACACUCUUGUUUUCUGUAACCCUUCCUCUCCUUGGAGAGACAAUUGAGCGUCAUGUGUCUUCAUUUCUGCUGCUUCUUUUCCCUUAAGGGCACAGAACAGGCUUGUUACUGUGGUCCAGUGCUAAGACGAUCGUGAGUCUAUGUGUGUGUGCAUGUGAACGCGUUUGUGGUGUCCAUGGCUGUGGGUUCAGAGAGCUUUGUGAUUGUAUAUGCUCCUGGCCGCUUUGUUAAUGCCCAAUGAAAUAUGUAGAGCGUUGGACACAGAGGAAAACAAGACACAGAGGAUUGGGAAAUACAGGUUAUUUUGAUGUUAUUUUUUUCGGCCAUGUCUGGGGCUAAGCAUUACAGCUUUGGCUUGCCCUAACAUCCAACUCUGUGACUGCUUCACUCACAUUAUUUGUUGCCUAUUCUUGUCCUUAAGUUUAGCUUACUUUCUCCUCCUUGUCAAAACAUGAACAAAUGCAGACUUCAAGUAUGUGUGAAGACUUGGUGGAACCGAACGUUCAAAGAUUCAUAUUCUUUCUGUUGUUCACUUUCAACAUAAAACCAAUUUCCUCAUGUCUGUCACAAAAAAGAAUUCCAGGGCCUAACCUCUUAGAAAACGCCUCUAAAAUGUAUUUCAAUUGACUUACCAAACAAUGUAAAGAUGUUCCAUUCAAAGAAGAACAAUAAAAACAUGCAUCACUUUAGUCAGCACAUUGAUGUCAUAUAAUGUGCUCUUGACAAAGGCAAUCAGGAAAUUGAACCUCAAAACAGACUGCCUUCGGAAAUGAAUUUGUACUUUGACAAUUAGCCACAUUUGUCUGUUACAAUCAAAAAUGGAUUACAAAAACUGUUUUCAACAUUAUUGUUAGUAGUAUUAACUCACAAUACCUCAUGAUGACAAAGCAAAACUCAAUAAACGAAUUACAUUUGAACUGUAUUAAUAUA